AUGGAAGCAGAACAACCUGCUAAAAGAACAAAAAGCUCUAAGGGAAGGAAAGCCCUUACUCCGUUGGAGAAACAGAUCAUAGAACUCAAAUCAGACAACCCCGAUAAAAUGCUAGUCAUUCAAGUGGGUUAUAAGUACAAACUCUUUGGAGAAGAUGCCCGAAAAGCAGCCGCAAUUCUCAAUAUCAUGUUUAUUCCAGGCGGAGAUGAUGGUGCCAAGGACGACCAGUUCUCGUACUGUUCGUUUCCCGAUUUCAAGCUCCACAUUAAUCUCAAGCGAUUAUUGACCCACGGACACAAAAUUGGGGUUAUUAAACAGAUGGAAAGCUCGGUGGUCAAAAGUGUGGAGAAGUCAAGUCGUUCUGACUUGAUGAAAAGAGAGUUGACCGCUGUUUAUACUCGUGGAACCUACAUGGGAGAUGAAGACAUCGGAGAAAGCUUGGGCGACGAAGAAAGUGGUGGCUACAUCAUAUGCGUAAAUGUUUCUGCUUCGGGGGAAAGCCCCUCGAAGUCCUUGAAAGUACCCUUUUGCGUGCUUGCCAUCCAGCCAGCUACUGGAGAGAUUAUUCACGAUUCAUUUGAAGACGUUUAUCCAUUUAAUGAGCUCAAUACUCGUCUUCUCUACCUCAAUCCGAGCGAAGUGAUCAUCAUAAAUAACCAGGAGCAACUAAUAGGACAGCUCACAAAACUUAUCAGACUCAUCAACCCAGAGGUGUUGACCCUCAUUAAACCCGUGCCCGACUACCCUGAGAUUCAAUCUAGUUUGAGUGAAUUUUUUACCACAAUGGAUGAUGGGAAGAAUCGGGAUUUAUACGAUUACUAUACUGUGAAUUUCGAUGAGCCAACUCAGGUUUGCGUUAGCCACAUGAUCGAAUAUCUCAAGGAGUUCAAGCUCAGCAAUAUUUUCACCAUCCCAACCAACAUUAGCAAGUUCAAGAACCCGAACUAUAUGAUCUUGUCGCAUAAUACCAUCCAAGCGUUGGAGAUUUUUCAAAAUUCCACAGAUGCCAAUUCGAGCCGAGGAUCGCUCGUAUGGCUUCUUGACCACACGAGGACCCGUUCUGGCAAAAGGCUACUCCGCAAGUGGAUUUCGAAGCCUUUGGUUGACCGGGUGCAAAUUGAGUCUCGUUUACAAUCCAUCGAGGACAUGUCCCGAGAGUACAACCAGGUAAUAGAUUCCUUCAAGUCCUUACUUGACAAGAUGGGCAAGGUCGACCUCGAGCAGCUCUUGAUUAAGGUUCACUACUCAGCCUCCUACAAUACUCCCAGAAUUAGUCGGUACGAAUUAUUCAAGAUGUUGGAGUGCUUUAACGAAGUUCUCAUCAAGGCAAAAACAUUUGAAAAGGCAAUCGAUGCUCUUUCUAAUUUCAUAAAGUCUCCUCUAUUACUCAAUAUUUUUCAGAAGUUGUUGGAGUUAUCUAAGGAGGAAAUUGUUCCACAUUUUCUUAAUACGAUCAACUCAUCUUCAUUCCUCAACGAGGCAUCGGAGGACUACAAGGUCAACUUUUUUGACCUCAACUACCGCAAUUGGGAAGGAAUCACCAACGAAUUGGAAGAAAUAAGCAAGCUUGAAGAAGCUUUGGAACAAGAACUCGAAGCUGUUCGUAAGCUCCUCAAACGUCCCCAGCUUAAGUACACCACUAACAACAGGGAACCAUAUUUGAUUGAAGUCAGGAAUGGACCACAGGUAGAUGCGUUAUCCGCCAAUUUCCAACGGAUCAAUGGAACCCUCCUGGUAUCGAGAUUCCGGACAUCUGAAAUCUCUGAGCUCUACAAGCUCCUCAAGUAUCGCCAAGAGCGUCUCACGAACAGUUGCGACGAAUCAUUCAAUCAGUUUUUGGUGGAAAUAGACCAAAACCACCAGUACUUUAGCCACAUCAUCCAGAUAGUUUCACAGUUUGAUUGUCUUUUAUCACUAACGGCGGCUUCAUCAAUCAGGGGGAACUAUAGCAAGCCUGAGCUUGUGUCUUCACAAACGAUCGAUGUUCGGAAUGGAAGAAACCCCAUCAUAGAGAAUUUAACUCCUACAUAUGUGCCCAACAACAUCAGCUUGAGUUACGAUAAGGAACGAGUGUUAAUUUUAACAGGCCCCAAUAUGGGAGGAAAAUCAUCAUAUGUCAAACAGAUCGGUCUAAUGAUCAUAAUGGCACAAAUAGGUUGUUAUCUCCCAUGCGAUUCGGCAGUGGUGGGGAUAUUUGACUCCAUUUUCAUACGGAUGGGCUCGAACGACAAUAUCUUGAAGGGAACAUCGACGUUCAUGAACGAAAUGUUGGAGUGUUAUGACGUGCUCUCGGGAAUGACAUCCAAGUCCUUGAUUAUAUUGGACGAGGUAGGAAGAGGAACCAGCACCAACGACGGAAUAUCCAUUGCAUAUGCUAUCUUGCGGUACUUGAUUGAAUCGCAACUAGCUCCUAUAGUCCUAUUCAUCACGCAUUACCCUUCAUUGCAUGUUCUUGAGUCGACCUAUUCGUCUGUGAUUAAUUACCACAUGGGCUACAAAGAGAUAAAAAAUGACGAUCUGCAAUUCCCUGAGAUCGUCUUCUUGUACACUUUGGUCAGAGGAGUAGUCAACAAUCUGUAUGGGUUGAAUGUGGCAAGGUUGGCUGAUUUGCCGGAAGACGUGAUCAAGAUGGCAUUUGAGGUGAGUGAAAAAUUGAAGAACACCAUUGAGGUGGAGCAAGUCGAGUCAUUUGUUGGUAGGAGUGUCCGCUUGCUCAAGCAGAUUACCAGUGGAGAAAGUAGCGAGAAGAUUGUGGAGGAAUUGGAGUUUUUGAGUAGAAACGAAUAA